AUGCCAAUCCAACAAAUGUUUGAAUAUGAUAAUAAUAAUCGUUUACCUGAUACAAAAUUACGUGAUCGUGAUCGUGAACAAUUAAAAGAAAGUUUUUCAUCUGUAAAUACAGCUAUUGAUACAAUUCGACAACAAUUUGAACAAUAUAUUGUUAGUGAUGUUGCUUUACGUAAACGUUUACGUGAUGAAGGAAAAAAAUUAAUUCUUGAACUAUUUAAAAAAUACUAUGAUAAAUUUUCACGUAAAGAUUUUACAAAAAAUCGAGAAAAAUAUAUUCGAUAUGAUCCUGGAACACUUGAAAAAAUGAUUGAUAAUUUUUUUGAAAAUCGUACAUAA